UUAGUCACGAAGUAAGCUACAACUAUAAAACUGUGAGGAGUGUGCACGGCGUCUCUCCUGACGAAAUUCUGUACCGACGAGAUGACUGCUGCCCACGUGACUCUCUGUCUGGUGUCUCUUGUACUCCUAUCUGCCGCUCUUCACGUAGCAGCACAAACCAACGACACUACAUCUACUACUGAACCUACGACUACCAGUUCUGCAUCUACGACUACCACUUUCGCACCUACGACUACCAGUUCUGCACCUACGACUACCGCUACAAGAGAGGAUCAACCUAUUGUUUGCGGACGGACAAAUAACAAGCAUGACGCAUUAUGCCGCAAAAUGUGUUCUUCUGAUGGCUGGAAACACGGCAAAUGUGUGAACAGAAAAUGUACUUGCAGCGAACAAAAACUAUAGCUUACAUCUCAUCCAUUGCGAUUCCUUGUUGUACUUAUUGUAUUAUUAUUGCCUACCAGUUCGACAUUUAUUUUUUCAAAUUUCAAUAUAAGCACUGGUUUAUUUCAAUAAAUGCUUACAACAAGCA